UUGUGUCCUUACUGCAGGAAGUCGUUUGAGUAUGAAGAUGCAACCCGCCUGACAGCGCAGCAGGGCACUGUGGGAAACAGAGAGGUCCACCCUGACCUCUACCAUGCCUACUCUGAUGACAAUAUUUAUGAGGAUAUUGUGUAUGAUGGGAUCAGGGAUUACCCCUAUGAAGAUGUCAAGCUGUCCACUAUGUGUCUUCCUAUAAAGCCCCCAGAUCCAAAGUUUUCUCCUAAAGGUCAGACAUUGCAUGGAUACGCUGGGAAAGUGGACAAGAAAAUAUUUCAGGUGUUGGGAUCCAAAUCCUCAACUUUUACAGAAUCUGUUAAACCACCAUCACCUCGACACAGCAGCGCUCAGAAAGUCCACAGGACUCCUCAGUAUAUCGCCAAGAUUGAGACCAUUUUUGAUGACAAACGAGGCAGAAAAAGAGUGAAGAACCAAGGGCCCUUUGCACGAGCAGAGGAGGCCAGCGGGACGGAGAGCGAUCCAGAAGACAACACUGAAGCAGGAAGGUCUGUUUACAUCCAGUCCACACUGAGGCGACGGCCCGGGUAUCGCACCCUGGAGAGGGACCUGAUCCAGCUACAGCAGCAGAAGCAGCAGCUCUUCCAGAUCUUCGUGGUCGUGUCGCUACGGAAAAACACCACAGGAAACACGUACUCCCCUGAAAUUACUCAGCAGUUUCCAAAAAUGUUUGAAAAGUCGUCCCGUCUCUCCAGAGAAGCUGAGGAUCAACUCAACAUGAUUCCCAAGUUCUGCUUCCCGGAUCCACAGGACUGGAAGCCAUCUGCACACACACCCAGUGAGACGUUCUCUUUUGUCCUCACCGGAGAAGACGGGAGUCGCUGGUUUUGUUACUGCCGUAAGAUCCUGCCCAGUGGAAAGGGGAAGCGGCUUCCUGAGGUGCACUGCAUUGUCAGCAAGUUGGGCUGUUUCAACCUGUUUGCUAAGAUCCUGGAGGAGGUGGAGCGGCGCAGAGAGAUUUCUCCGCCACUGGUUUAUACGUUCAUGCGCAGCGUGAUGGAGGCCCCGUUCCCGGCCCCCGGACGCACCGUCACUGUCAAGAGCUUCCUGCCUGGCUCUGGGAAUGAGGUUCUGACUCUGUGCCGACCCGUGGACUCCAGGCUGGAGCAUGUGGACUUUGACAGUCUGCUGCAGUGUCUCAGUGUGGGGAAACUCCUGCAGGUGUUCGCUUCCCUCCUGCUGGAGAGGAGAGUCAUCUUUGUUGCUGAUAAACUCAGUGUGCUGUCCAGGUGUGGCCACGCCGUGCUGGCGCUGCUCUACCCCUUCACCUGGCAGCACACAUUUGUCCCAGUGUUACCAGCCAGCAUGCUGGACAUCAGCUGCUCUCCCACACCGUUCCUCAUUGGUGUGCUGGCUCCGUGUUUGCCAGAGGUGCUGGAGCUGCCCAUCGAGGAGGUUCUCAUUGUGGAUCUGUGUGCUGACAGGUUUGUCAUACAGCUCGGAGAUGAAGAUUGCAUUCUGCCCAGCAAACUUCAGGCGGCGCUGAUGCAGGUCCUGGAGGACAGAGAGGACAUCCUGAGACAGGACAGCAGAGACGCAUGUGGAGAGUGUCCGGCCGACCUGAGCGCCCUGCUGUCCGAGGCUUUUGUCCGGUUCUUUGUGGAGCUGGUGGGCCACUAUCCUCUGCACAUGGUGGAGGCUGCCGGAGGAGCCAAGGAGCUGCAGAGAGAAAGCUUUCGCAAGUCUCACCCCUCACGCGGAGUCCGACAGUUCCUGCAGCUCUUCAUGGAGACACAGAUGUUUGCUGGCUUCAUCCAGGACAAAGAGCUGCGCAAGGGAGGAGGGAGAGAUCACAUAGUAGCAUUUAUACAUAACACAAAAAAUUAACAGCCAAUUCAGGUGAUGGCCAAAGAUCGGUGACCGGCAGUGAUCGGCCCUCAUGAGUGAUCGGUAUCAGAAUCGGCAGCAAAAAACCUGAUCGGAGCUUCCCUAAUAUUUUCAUAAGUUCAGCCUCAGGUCAUUACUGUCUCUUGUAAAAGUAUUCUCACCCUUUGUUUUCUUUUCCCGACAUUUUGUCCCGUUACAGACACAAACUUCAUUGCAUUUUCCUGAAACUUUAUGUGACAGAUCAUCAUAAAUAAAAGGAAAAUAAUAAGGCUAGAACUAAUGACUAUUUUAGUAAAAAUUAUUUUGGUUGAUCAGCUAAUCCAAUAAAAAAAUUUGGUGCAGAUUUUCUAUCUCGGAUCAAGCUUAUUUUAUGUAAUAUUAUUAUGCAUUAAAAGAUAGAUAUAAAGAAAUAAUUAAAGUCCUUUUUAAU